AUGGACUGCCAUAUGUCUGGAUUUCCCUGGACAUUCCAGCGAAUUCCGUUCAGAUGCUGUUUACGAGAACCAAAUACCGGUUAUGUCCAGGAAAUUCUGGACGGAUUCCAACUACCUACUCAUAUGGAGGUGUGCUUAGGCCAUUUUGAUGAUUCUGGAUACAAUAUCUCAAAUAGGUAUAUCGCUGAUACACUAGAAACCUUACCUACCUUCAGCAUUGACUAUAUUUCUGCAUGGCCAAUAUUUGCCAUAACAAGCAAGUCCUUGGUUUCUCAUGUGCAGUUCCCACAACCUUUCCUUGAACUGGCAUAGGUAGGCUGGAGGUCUGAGAACAGAUGGGGGGAAUGUGGAAGGAAUUGCUCCACAAUAUCUGACUCUAUCUCUAAAUUGCUCAGUGACCUGGUUGCUUCAUAUAGUCUUCCAGAACUCAACUUUUCACAUCUUAUGACUCAGGCAGUUUGAGUCGUAACAAAGUGAUUAAGUGGUGCAGGUGUAGCUAGACAGAUUUUGGGACAGUGUCUCAAGAAUCUGGAAGUCUCUGUGGAAAGACUUGUAGCCACUGUUUUGAACAGCAACCAUCUCAACAGGUUUUAAAUGCAGGAAUCUCUAUCCCAUGCCCUUGUUCUGACUGGAUGAUGCAGCGUAUUAAGAAUCAGAAUAUCCCUGCUCUUUGGAGAAGUCAGUCGAUUUGCUGACGAGUUGCAGCAUGCCAAUGAGAGGGAGAAUGUGAAGAGCUUCCCAGAACUUUGGAAAGUGGGAACCAUCAAUUAA